AUGCAGCCCCUCACAACCCCCAAGGUCUCCUGCCUGGGGCUUCUCAUCCUGUCCUCUUGUUUGCUUGCCAACUGCAGGUUCAUCCCAGAGGCCUGGUCAGCCUGCACAGUCACCUGUGGUGUGGGGACCCAGGUGCGAAUAGUCAGGUGCCAGGUGCUCCUGUCUUUCUCUCAGUCUGUGGCUGACCUUCCUGUUGAUGAGUGCGAAGGAGCCAAGCCAGCAUCCCAGCGUGCCUGUUACGCAGGACCCUGCAACGGGGAGAUGCCUGAGUUUAAUCCAGACGAUGCAGACCGGCUCUUGGGUGGCCUGCAGGAUCUUGACGAGCUGUAUGACUGGGAGUAUGAGGGGUUCACCAAGUGCUCCGAGUCCUGUGGAGGAGGUGUCCAGGAGGCUGUGGUGAGCUGCCUGAACAAACAGACCCAGGAACGUGCUGGUGAGAACCUGUGCGUGACCAGCCGCCGGCCCCCACAGCUCCUGAAAUCCUGUAAUCUGGACCCCUGCCCAGCAAGGUGGGAAAUUGGCAAGUGGAGUCCCUGUAGUCUCACAUGUGGGGUUGGCCUGCAGACCAGAGAUGUCUUCUGCUCCCAUCUACUUUCCAGAGAGAUGAAUGAAAUGGUAAUCCUGGCUGAUGAGCUGUGUCGCCACCCUAAGCCCAGCACAGUGCAGGCCUGCAACCGCUUCAAUUGCCCCCCAGCUUGGUACCCUGCACAAUGGCAGCUGUGUUCCAGGUCCUGGGGAGGUACCCAGAAACGUGAGGUUCUUUGCAAGCAACGCAUGGCUGAUGGCAGCUUCCUAGAACUUCCUGAGACCUUCUGCUCAGCCUCCAAACCGGCCUCCCAGCAAGACUGCAAAAAAGAUGACUGUCCCAGCGAGUGGCUUCUCUCAAACUGGACAGAGUGCUCCACGAGCUGCGGGGAGGGCACCCAGACUCGAAGUGCCAUUUGCCGGAAGGUGCUGAAAACUGGGGUCUCCACAGUUGUCAAUUCCACCUUGUGCCCACCCCUGCCUUUCUCUUCCUCCGUUAGGCCCUGCAUGCUGGCAGCCUGUGCACGGCCUGGCCGGCCAUCCACAAAGCACAGUCCUUACAUCGCAGCUGCAAGGAAUAUAUACAUCCAGACACGCAGGCAGAAGAAGUUGCAUUUCGUCGUGGGAGGAUUCGCUUACCUGCUUCCCAAGACAGCAGUGGUGCUCAGGUGUCCCACACGCAGGUUCCGCAAGCCCCUCAUUACCUGGGAGAAGGAUGGGCAGCACCUCAUCAGCUCUGCUCACAUUACUGUGGCCCCUUUUGGCUACCUAAAGAUUCAUCGCCUCAAGCCCUCAGAUGCGGGCAUCUACACCUGUUCUGCAGGACCCGCACGGGAGCAGUUUGUGAUUAAGCUCAUUGGAGGCAAGCACAAGUUGGUGUACCGGCCUCUGAGCCUACAGAGUAGGGAAGAGGCCCUCCCGGUGAGGAAGGCCAGCCCAAAAGAGACCCUACAGACCCACAAACACCAGAAUGGGAUUUUCUUGAAUGGCAGCAAGGCUGAGAAGCGGGGUCUCGCCGCUGACCUGGAGAGCCGCUAUGAUGACAUUGUCUCCCGGCUGCUGGAGCAGGGUGGCUGGCCUGGAGAGCUCCUGGCCUCAUGGGAGGUACAGGACUCCAUGGAAAGGAACACGUCCUCAGAGGAGGACCCAAACACUGAGCAGGCUCUUCUGCAUCUCCCCUUCACCAUGGUGACUGAACAGAAGCGCCUAGAUUACAUCCUCAGGAACCUCUCCCAGCAGCCCGAGGAGCUAAGGGACUUCUACAGCAAGUACCUGGUGGCCCAGCUGGCCCAGGAGAUCUUCCGUAGCCACCUAGAGCACCAGGACACACUCCUCAAGCCUUCUGAGCAGAGGUUCCCCCCUGUGGCCAUCCCUCCUCAUAAACAUGUGUCCAGUUUCAGCAGCUCCCUGAGGACCACCUCUGGGGAAGCUGGGGGCAACUCUCGCAGGCCACACCGCAAGCCCACCAUCUUACGGAAGAUCUCAGCUGCACAGCAGCUCUCAGCCUCUGAGGUGGUCACCCACCUGGGGCAGACUGUGGCCUUGGCCAGCGGAACACUGAGUGUGCUGCUACACUGUGAGGCCACAGGAAACCCAAGGCCUACCAUCAGCUGGGCCAGGAAUGGAGAAGAGGUUCAGUUUGGUGACAGGAUUCUUCUACAGCCAGAUGAUUCCUUACAGAUCUUGGCACCAGUGGAAGCUGAUGUGGGUUUCUAUACUUGCAAUGCUACAAAUGCCUUGGGCUCUGACUCUGUCUCCAUUGCCGUCACAUUAGCAGGAAAACCACUGGUGAAAACGUCACGAAUGUCUGUGGUCAACACAGAGAAGCCUACUGUCACCGUGGAUAUAGGAAGCACCGUCAGAACAGUGCAGGGAGUGAAUGUGACGAUUAACUGCCAAGUUGCAGGUGUGCCUGAAGCUGAAGUCAAUUGGUUCAGGAAUAAAAGCAAACUGGGCUUCUCUCACCAUCUGCACGAGGGUUCCUUGCUGCUCACAAAUGUAUCCUCCUUGGAUCAGGGCCUGUAUUCCUGCAGAGCAGCCAAUCUUCAUGGAGAGGUGACUGAAGACACACAGCUCCUGAUCCUAGAUCCUCCUCAAGUCCCCACACAGUUGGAAGACAUCAGGGCCUUGCUCUCAGCCAAUGGACCAAACCUUCCUUCAGUGCUGAUGUCUCCUCUGGGAACACAGCUGGUCCUGGAUCCUGGGAAUUCUGCUCUCCUUGGCUGCCCUAUCACAGGUCACCCCACCCCCAAUAUCACCUGGUUCCACGAUGGUCAUCCAAUUGCCAGUGCCACAGGACUGACGUAUCACAUCUUGGCAGUGGGACAAAUCCUUCAGAUCACAAAUCUGAGUGGCGAGUCUCAAGGGGAAUUCAGCUGCCUCGCUCGGAACGAGGCGGGAACGCUCGUGCAGAAGGCAUCAUUAGUGAUCCAGGAUUACUGGUGGUCUGUGGACAGACUGGUGACCUGCUCAGCAUCUUGUGGUAACAGGGGCUUUCAGCAGCCCCGCCUGAGGUGUCUGCUGAACCACACAGAGGUUGACCCUGAGCGCUGUGUGGGAAAGCCUCGCCCUGCUGUGCAGCCCAUUGCCUGCAACCGGAGAGACUGCCCUUCUCGGUGGAUGGUGACUUCCUGGUCCGCCUGUACCCGAAGCUGUGGUGGAGGUGUCCAGACACGCCGGGUGACUUGUCAGAAGCUAAAAGCCUCUGGGAUCUCCACCCCUGUGUCCAAUGAUGCGUGCACCCAACUCGCCAAACGGCCUGUGGACACCCAGGCCUGUAACCAGCAGCUAUGUGUGGAGUGGGCCUUCUCCAGCUGGGGUCAGUGCAAUGGGCCUUGCAUUGGGCCUCGCCUAGCUGUGCAACACAGACAAGUCUUCUGCCAGACCCGGGAUGGCAUCACCUUACCAUCAGAGCAGUGCAGUGCCCUUCCCAGGCCUGUGAGCACCCAGAACUGCUGGUCAGAGGCCUGCAGCGUACACUGGAGGGUCAGCCUGUGGACCCUGUGUACUGCUACUUGUGGCAACUAUGGCUUCCAGUCCCGGCGGGUGGAGUGUGUGCACAUCCGCACCAACAAGGCAGUGCCUGAGCACCUGUGUUCCUGGGGACCCCGGCCUGCCAACUGGCAGCGCUGCAACAUCACCCCCUGUGAAAACACCGAGUGCAGAGACAUCACCAGAUACUGCGAGAAGGUGAAACAGCUGAAACUCUGCCAACUCAGCCAGUUCAAAUCUCGCUGCUGUGGGACUUGUGGCAAAGCGUGAAGACAGGGCACGGGGAAGAGCUCUACCCUGGCCACACAAAGGACUCACGCAACCACCUUGGACAGAACUUAUGCUUUCUCUGUUUUAUUUAUUUAUUUACCCUUCCCUCUCCACACACCCACCUCCUCCCCGACCCCUGAGGACCUCAGCAUGUAUUC